CUUUUAAGGGGUUCUGCGCAACACCCUUAAGUAAAUCCCUAAGCUAAAGAAAAAUGAAACCUUAACUGUCAUACUUAAGGGGACAACUUAAGGUGUUUUAUGCAACUGGCCCUGGCCAGCCUGCUCCUAUAAUUACGGCGAGUCGUUACCGCUUAUCACAAGAUCAUAGGCGCCGAAAAUUCAACAAAUAAAGAAAACGAAAGCAGUAGGUGUAUUGAUAUUCAUAGGACCAUGUCUUUCGCCAUAUUGUAGAUAUUCUUAGAUCACGGAAUGUUACUGAUUGUGAACAUGUUUGCACGUCUGUUUAUGUUUAUUGUUAAAUAUCUAGAUUGGGCGACAUGAAAAAUGUGACUGUCUUGUAGACUGCUAUUGUACAGCUAUUGUAUUGAACUUCACAAUGUUAUAAGAUUUAUUCCUGCAUGUAAGCCUAUAUUUCUGCAUAGACUUUGUACAAAGACUAGCUCCUGCCCCGCAAGCAUGUAGUACUAACGAUAUCUUUUUUUUUUCUGAAGAGCAGCAAUUUGAUUGGGCAUGUAGACGGUUUCAGUUUCAUUUUUCUGUAAACUGCGGCAACAUUUUUCUAGAGCAAGGUCAAUGAUUACUAAAGGAAGUAUGUGUUUGGUUCCCAUGAAGCUAGUACAAUGUUGUAUUGUAUUACGAAAGUGUCAUUCUAUGUUUUAGUUCCCAAAAAGUAAUCUUUAUGAAUUUUUCCUGAGGUCUACAAUAAAGUUUCACAUAUGUUUUAGUUUCCCCGAAAUCUGCACAGGGGACAACCGCAGUUUCACAUGCUUGAGCUGGAAGACAAACCAGUGUCAGGAAGCUGAGUUCACUUUGAUGAUUUCACAGCUCUGUCUGCAUCACUCAGUGACAGACACUAUGGGAAGUCACAAAGGCUGGUGUAUGUUAUAGGAUGGUUGCACGCAAUAACCUGGAAGGCAACUCGGUGACAACAGAAAGCAGAGCAAGUACAGAACAUCCCCAUCAGAACAGGCAGAACCAGCAUACAGCCCUCAGCCAGGAGAACUGGAGCCGGUUCCGAUCCUUCAGAAACGACGAAUACAAAAUCAUCACUAUGACAACCACCAUGCUAGAGAGAAGUGGUUUCUACUGGGGUUCGAUGACGGCAGAAGAGGCCCAUAGCAGACUGAAGCAGGAAUCGCGGGGAACAUUCCUGAUCCGGGACAGUAGCCAAAAAGAUAUCUUGUUCACGCUCAGCUAUCGGGCCCCGGCGGGACCAAUGAGUGUUCGGAUUAAAUUCCAUGAAUCGCUUUUCAGCCUGGUGGGGAGUCAUAAGUCCUUUGUAUCUCUCUUCAAACUGUUGGAACAUUACAUUGCAUCACCCAAGAAGUAUCUUAUCAGGCCGUAUCGGAAAACCAGAGUGCAACCACUCCAAGAACUUUGCCGGAAGAGGAUCAUUGAGACGUGUGGUGAGGAGAAGAUAGAUCUCAUCCCUGUAAAUCCAGUCCUGAAGGAAUACUUGAACUCUUUUCCUUAUCGGAUUUAAAUACAUAUCUAAACGCAUUAAAGCUGUUGCUUUGAGAUAUGGAAGACACUUUAAAUUGCAUUGAUGUUCUAGUAUAAUAUUAUAAUUAAUUAUUUUUGUAGCCAAGUAAAAUAGAACAUUAUUUGUAUACUUGAACACUGUCAAUACCAUAGAAUUUUUACACUAUGUACUGUAUGGGCAUGAGCUCUGACUGAAAUUUAUCUGCUAUGCAGAUUCCAUAUAACAUUACACACAAUAAAUUGUGUUGAACCAUCAAAA